AUGAUCCCUCGCGGACUUGUAGGUUUGGGUCUCGAUACGCUCGAUCAAUCCACUCGGGAGAUUCGUGAGGCUCUAUCACUUUAUACCGACCAGGCUGCUCUUCCUUCACUCGUUCACUGCACUCAAGGCAAGGACCGUACAGGUCUUAUUUGCGCGCUUGUGCUUAUGAUUCUUGAUGUUCCUAUCUCGGCCAUUGAGUAUGACUAUGCUCUCAGUGAUGAGGCGCUCAUUUCUGAACGUGAACAGCGCCUCAUUGAGAUUCGUGAAAUCGGAUUGACAGACGAGUGGCUUCACUGUGCGAAUGAUAUGAUUGUUGGCAUUCAAAAACACCUCAACGACAAAUAUGGUGGACUGAAUGCCUACCUAGACGGCAUAGGUUUUGGUGCAGAUGAAAGAGCAAAGAUACGUGAUCUUUUGCUCUAUUAG